AUGACCUACGAUACCACAACUCGAGCCAUGUACGGCCUUGCACAGCCUGACUCUGAUGCCUCUGUCACAGAUGCGAGAGAGCCUGUCGACGCUAGACCCCAACCUCCGCGCCGAGAUGCCAAUCAGGCACCCAACUUUGAACCAAGAGGCCAAGAUAGAAGACAGGACAACAUCAUCGUCCAAUUGUACGAUCUCGAAGCUCAAGGUGGCAGGUUCGGUCAAGUCGGGGGACGAUUCAGUAUUGACCAGAACUUGUUAUUCGCACUCUUGCCCCGGACCAGAAAUGCAGUAAGAAGAGGAACCCUCAUGUUGGGGAGUUUCUUCGUGCCUCAAGACAUGGCACUGCAUCCGCCGCAUAUCAUCCAUCAGGCAUUGCAUUUUUUGUUUCGUCACCUUCAAGACUUUUCACGAACUGGUGUAAUUGACAUGUUUGGAGCCGCCGAGCUGGAAAUCGAAGAUGACCCAGCUCGCGACUACGCGGUAAUUCGCUGGGCUGGCAUGAUGCAUGCCCUGUGCGUGGUUCUCGACAAUGAGCGAGGACUAGGAUGCUCAGACAUGCUUUUGGCCGACAUUCUAGACUUUUUCGAAGGCCUCAUCUGGGAUGUUCACAACAUCCUGGGUUGGGAUGAGACAACUAUUCUCUUUGAAGCCUUUGCCGGCAUUUUCCGCACUGGACGACCAGAUUUGACGCGACAGGUCUGUAGAAUUUGGGAGCGUUUCGACCCUGAGGUCCAGGAUCAGCUUUUACGAGACAUGAGACGUGCAUUGCCUAUCGAGGGUAUUGAUGGGAUGGCACACCGCAUGUAUAGAGCAUUAGGAUAUUAG